AUGUUAACCAGUGCUCUGAACUUUUUAACGGAUAAGAGAAAGCGAUUCAAUAGAUCAGACACUGUUCCGGUGUUUUCAAUUGACAAUGAGGUGGAGAAGGGGAUAUUGAGUGAUCCGGUGGCACAGGAUGUUCGGACUUUUGAUGAUUCAGAACUGGACAUUGGAGGACGUAAUAUCAACCAAUGCAAGUCAAUCACGAAUUCAGCAAGUAUGCUAAAGCUUCCAUCACAGCCAGUAUGUUUUAUUGAUGGCGACAAAGAUGUGAAUCUAACUAACCAAGUCAUUGAAAGUAGUCAUUCCGGAACGGCGUGUGGUGCCAUGAAGGGGGAACAGACCGCUCAAACGAAUAAUUUGGAAGUGAAUGUUGCAAAAAUGCUUUCCACUGUAAAAGAUUUCGACACAAAUAGCAUUUCCACAGUGCACGAUGAGAAUGCUCAUCAAACAGUUGUUUUCCAGAAGCAUGCUCAACAGACUGUCCGCUACUAUUCUCCAGAUGGACAACUUUCGGAGGAGCUGAGGACAAAGCCAAAUGAGACAAACAUAAAGCGUUCGCAUAGCAACAUAACUAAACCGUCAGAGAGUAAAGGCACGGUCACCGUUACACAACCUGCAUCCUGUAGUAAGAAUAGGACAGCACGCAUUCGGUCAAGGGUGACCAAAAGUAAACUACAGCGAUCAAGAAGCAGUGCACAAAUCUCCCGUUCAGGUGCGUCCACUGAAGUGACUUAUCCAAAGACCAACCACACACGGUCAACUAGCAAUCAAAGAGAUCCCACUGUGGGCCCUGAUGCUGGGGUACGCGAAGAAUCUGGUACGGAGUCAAAACAGCGAAGCAGGAAGCGUGGAAGGAACUGGACAGAUCGUGGCCGACGUUCCAGGUCGGUGAACGUUUUAGGAAAGUCGCCGAGUCCCUGUGUGGGUGUUCAUAAGGACUUGUAUGAUCUGCUUUCAAGAAUAGCUGGGAGAGGAACUUCGGAUAGAUUCUACAGAAUUCGCGUACCAGACUUUCCCGUUAUGCCUAGUACCACACGACCCGCUCGACAUCCCCCUAAGAAAGAAUUACACGAUGCUGGGAUUGCUUUCACUCAAACAAGUUCUGAAAACAUAAUGGGGCCUGCUGAACUGGCACUCACGGGAGCAGCCCUCCUCGGUUGUUCUAAUGCCUCUGGAGCUCAUUCGAAGCUCAAUCGUUAUGCAGUUGUGCGCCGUCUGAGGAGAAACAAUUCCACUAUCAACUGGCCUCUAUCCAGACAAACAGUUGAAUGCGAUCUCAGCCAGUGUGAACCGACAAGCCAAAACGCAGGUGAUCUUCUCCUUCCAUCCAGAACCAAAACAGUGUCUCAUGGUGAGCACACUCCCGUAUCCCCUGAACUGUACCACACGUUAAAAGAAGUUUUUUCCUACGUCGAGCAAAAUGAACUGGAAUACAUGCUCAAAGAGUUUAAAAAGAUUUACUCACUAAGUAUAGAACUGAAACUAGGGAAACAUAAUCAAUGCAACACUUUCGGUUUGAGCUUACUCGAUAUUUCGCUGCUCGUAUCCUCUUUGGAAAUGACGCUCUAUCUAAUGGCAUUGGACUUUCAACUAGGGCCGGAAUUAAAUGACCCUCUGACAAACAUUCCCACAUGUAUUCUUGGACGUGAUCCCCUGAAGUGUCAUCUUGCCCGCUGCGUUGGAGAAACCGAAGUCCAUCUGGUCUCACUGAAGAAUGAAGUCAAGGCGCUUGUCUCAAAGUCAAAUGAACUCGGUCGACCAAAUUUGGCAGGUUCUGCAGAGGACAUAAACAAUGCUGGUGCCUCUGAGCUAUCUCUCACCAGAACCUCAUUGUUCUCUGAGAUUGCAGACAAGGAAAGACAAAUUGCGGAACAAGAAGACAAUAAGAAAUAUCUGGCCAAACUGCAUAAUGGGCUGAAUCGCUUUCCACUGUUCCCUCCGUCUCCUACCAAAGUAGUCCUUAUGGUUUCAAGUCCAAAUUCUAUUUUGAUUCGAAUCACACCCCCGAGGGUGACAAAUAUUACUCGCCAUUCCGUAGACCACACGGCCGAAGAAGACCGAACAGAUAGCAUGGAUGACACAACGUCUUGUGAAUCCAGUACGGAAGAAUUCAGUGAGGGCAGGCGUAUUAAUUGCGCGGAUUCAUAUGGAAAUUUCAUCCUGAGGUACAGAAUUGAGUGGUCAUCAUCUGUAGAAUUUGGUGAGAAAGAAACAGCUUACUGCAUUGUGGAGCCUCCAGUUAGGUUGGACAAACUAUUCAACUCUGUCAGCGCGCCGUCUUCUAGGUAUUUCAAAUCCAGUCUGUUUAGAACCGGUUUCUAUGAGCUUACCGACCUUCAACCGGAUAAAUUCAUAUUUGUGCGUGUGUAUAGCUAUUCUGUUCGCGGUUGGUCCGAGCCUUGUUAUGCUAAGCCUCGCUGUAUACGUCCAUCUUCUUGGUUCGAAGCACUUCCAAUUUUAUCCAAGUCAACGGAGUCCACCGAUUCAUCUGAACUGUCAACGGCGGCUGGUCACGAAGGAGUUGUGGCUCCACUUCGUUACGUUGGAAACAGUUUAAGCGAAGAAUUCCGUUCGGUCAAACAAUUGUUGGAUCAACAAAUAUUUCUUUGGGUACAUAAGCCUUCCAAUCUAACUGGAACUGAAGGCGUCGGACAUGGGUCCUCUCCAGUCAACGAUGAUGGACUAAAGCGCACCAAGUCUCCCAUGAUUCAACGCAAGCGGUCCUUUCGAUUUCCAUUCACGUCAAAGAGCAUCAAAUUUGUGAAACAAACUAAAACGGGAGUUUAUCUUGCACUACUUUGUCACACUGAUUUUCAGAUGGAUGAUUUAGAUGGCGAGAAAGGAUCGAAAUGUCAGAUCGUUUCCGUUGAUGACUGUCUUCCAAUGAUAUGCGUAACCCGUGAGGAAAUUGCAUCGGCCUCUUCUUUCUACAGUGACAUAAGCUGGUUCUCACGACUUGUGGCAGAUCCCUCCAUUGGUCCAGAUCUACAGCUCAUCAAUGAACACAUCUUACGUAUCCCAACACCCAACAACUUACAGCUUCGUUAUCAGUUACUGGACGCUCUAACUAAACUUCAGGUCGCCUUGGGUAGCUGUAACGUAGGGUCAGUUUAUCCUGAAUUGUUUCGCGGAAAAAUGUUGGACUUGACCAUAACAACCCCAACACAACAGACAUCCGCAACAACGGCGACAGCAACAGCAGCCUCCAUUGAGUCUACCGAGUCGAUCUCAGCUGAUGAGCCAUCAGAUUCUCAAACCUCUACACAACAUGACCUCACAACACCGCACAGUUCUUCAUCCAUACUGGUACUUGUAAGACACGUCCGUAAUAUGUCAGAUAUUUCAUUAUCCAACGGAAUGCGUUGGAUCCCCCUGCACAAAUUUCUCCGACAAAAUAAAGUUAAUUCGGAAAACUUUUGCCCAAUAGGACUGGAUUCUGAACCUGGUAGUAAGAUUCAAGCUUGUGAAACUGACAAAGAAGGUAAGCCAGUUUGUCGAACUGAGCCAAUGACACUAUCCCCUGAGGCUAACCUUCUCAUGCGCUUGGAUUCCUUGAUGCAAUAUUCCAGUGCUAGCAACCAGCGCCUACCACCAGGCUUGUAUGUCACCUUCGUCCAGAUGCAAGCCCGUUUGAAUCAGCAGGCCAACAUACUAGUAUCCAAAGCCAGCGAUACCCCUUUCAUGUUACCGACAGAACGCGUCCGGAAACGUUCUCACGUGACCUGUGCAGAGUGGACAGCUUUGUGUCAGCUGCAAAACACCAAAGAUGAAAAUCGCGCAACUUAUCAUGAGGAUUUAUCACAUUCUGGUGAUUAUAAAUAUCGGUUUGUUAAACAACUUUACCGCGCAUCGACGCGACUCGUUCGACGUCUCCAAGUUACUGAAGAGGAGAGUAAACAGUUACGAAUCUACCUCCCGGAAGUUGUAAGAAUCUCCCCACAACAUAGUCUGAUACUUUUAUUUCCUGCUGCAGAUCAAGUUUGUCUCCCACCCACUUCUACCAUCGCAUCUCCGCUGCCGACUUGCGCAUGGUGUUCAAUGGCGUUUUUCGAAAGGAAUCUGGGUAUGACCUAUGAUCCUUUGUAUCACUGUCGCAUAUCCAGCUUGUUGGCGAUUUUGGAUUUACUGGUUCCACUGUCUGUGUUCGUCCAACGACAGUGUAUUAGUGAUAGCGAAUGGUCUCAAAACUCGGACAGAACCAGUGCACUUCAAUCGAUUCAGCAACAGAUCGAAUCUCUUUUCAGUGGAAAACGAUGGCUAAGUGAGGCUAUUGGAACAGCACGGGAUCGAAAGCGUUCAACUCAGCCGGCCACCACACUUUUAAGCAACCUUCGGUUCUCCAGCGGACCCCCGUUGCAUGCGCCGCGCGCCCUGGCACGGAAUAUUAAGCUUUUUCAAAGUACCGGAUCAUUAGAUGAAAGGUUCCCUUCUGGUGGACCAUUAAACAGUGCUAAAAUUGGCCCCGGGAAUAGGUACACCAAUGCCUACAGGUCACAAGACGUUCAGUGUGAGGUGGACAGCAGGUCAGGCGAUACAGAUAGAGUACUGAGUGGGAUAAGCCGAGAAAUGGAUGAAUCCCGUGUUGGGUAUGAAAGUGUGCCGAGUUCAACGAGUAGUGAUAAGCCUCCCAACAUCCUCCGAGUCUAUGCCGAAUAUCCAACUGGUUUAGCAUCGGGCACGAGUGUGAGAAUUAAGGUCGGCUUGAAGACAACUGCAAAAAGUAUUGCAAGAGUAGUGGUAGAAAAACUGGCCGAAACAGCUCAGCGUACACAGUACCGGAAGGUUUCAGACAGACCUGUGGAUUCGGGACUUUUGUCUGUCGAACAGAUCACGAAAGAAUACUGCCUGAUUGUUUCUGUAGAUGGAACCGAGCGUUGUCUCCCAGAAACAAUCCGACCACUGUUACUGCAACAGCCAUGGCGGGACGGGCGAUUUAGUGUCCGAAGCUUAGAAGACUGGAAGUCCAAAAUUUCUCCAACAAGGACCUAUUUGAUUGCCGAGCAAAUUUUGCCGACAUCCUCUUGUGAAAAUCUGACUUUCAUCCAAACAACUUUUCGUCCUUUGCGCCCAGCGAGAGCCAAACUGAUACAAGUUGCUGUGGAAUUUUUCCAUGCAAAAACAAGGCCUCCACUGACAGUCUAUCUUGAUGGUCGCCCUGUUUCCACAGUGCCAAAAUAG